ACACCCAUGAGAUUCCCAUGCAUGUAGCCGUGACGUCAAGAGGGCUAUAUAAGUGAGCCUGGCUGUCACUCGAGAUGCUGGGGGCAUAAUUACAAGACUACGAAACAAUAGGCUUGUCGUUCAUGCUGUUGAUGUGCAAGGUACCACCUUGGCUUUAUCCUGUUGAAAUAGAGUUUGUACCUUGGUUAAUUACCUUGGGCCAUGGCGCUGGAGAAAGGGGGAUUGUGUAGGACGGUUUUAAACUUAAGCCAUGAUGCAAGUCGAGAAAAGGACUGUGAAACAGACAUGGCCAACUCUGGGACAACUAUACCAGCACCAUCCUCUCCUUCAAGUCCGACACGGAGGAAGGGGCACGUAGAGAUGGAUGCAACAGUGCUCCUGUCUUUGAAGAAUGGCGAGAAUGACAACAAUGAAGACCAUGACUAUGUAAAUGUCCCGAAGUUACCCAAUACAGGAGGACCGGGAGAACAUUCAGUUACCAUUAACAUCACGGCGCCGGAUUCAGACGCUGGGGACGUUGAGGAGGACGAGGACGAGGACGAGGAGAGGGAUGUUGUCAAGGACAACGACACCAAGGACCAACAUGCAGGCCAUGAACGUAACCCCGUUCAUCAAACCUAUGAGAGACACACACGUGCAGGGCGUACAAAUCAAAGAAAAAUUUCGGUAUAUUCACAAGGGUCGGACCAAAGUUUGCAAGCGCAUUCUAUCGUCCCGAGUCGGAAAGGUUCCACGGUGCUGAUCGAUGAACAGCCUGAGAUUAUCUCCAUGCCUUCAAAUUACCUCUCUGCUCCCCAUGACAGAGCGUUCCCGAACGGUCCCGACAACAACUACCUAAUGUCACCGAGAAUGUCGGUGUUUUCCAUGUACAGCCAGGCCAGCAGGGGUAGUUUCCAGUCCGACAGGACGUUCAGGGAUCCAUUCGAAGUUCUUCCGCAUGCGGAUCAUUACAAGAAUGUCACGAACGCGUUCGACAACUUCCGGCAACGACCGACACUCCAACAACUUCGAGAAGAACAGUCCCCCAUUCCCUUGGGCGAGGACCUCCCUGACAGUGAUGAGGACGACUCGGGGGGUACCAGGAAGAAGGCAGAGGUCAAGCCACGCCUAGCCGCAAAGUUAGGAUGGAUCCAGGGGGUUUUGGUGAGGUGCCUGCUGAACAUCUUCGGGGUGAUGUUGUUCCUGCGCCUCACGUGGAUCACGGGGAGAUCAGGGAUCGGGCUGGCGUCCGUCAUCAUCCUGCUGUCAGCAUUCGUCACCUCAAUCACCACCAUGUCCAUGGCCGCCAUCUGUACCAAUGGAGAGGUCAAGGGAGGGGGCGCUUACUACAUGAUAUCCCGCAGCCUGGGCCCCGAGUUCGGGGGAGCAAUUGGGAUUGUCUUCUCUCUGGCUAACGCUGUGGCCGCCGCCAUGUACGUGGUGGGGUUCGCUGAAACUGUGCGCGACUUGAUGUGGGAGCAUGGAACGUACAUAACAGGGGACCCCCUCAACGAGGUUCGCAUCAUCGGCGUCGCCACGUCGUUCCUCAUCCUGGGCAUCGUGCUGAUUGGGCUAGACUUUGAAUCUAAGGCUCAGCUGGUGCUGCUGGUGGUGCUGAUGGCAGCCAUAGUCAACUUCUUCGUGGGCACCUUCCUCCCCGCCACACCAGAAAGACAGGCCAAUGGCUUCGUUGGCUACUCGGGCGAGUUAUUGGUGGAGAACUUUGGGCCUGAUUUCCGUGGGACGAGUUUCUUUCAAGUAUUCGCAAUCUUCUUCCCCGCCGCUACUGGGAUUCUGGCAGGGGCCAACAUAUCAGGGGACCUGAAGGACCCCUCAUCUGCAAUCCCCCGCGGUACCUUCAUGGCUAUAUUUCUGACAACCAUCAUCUACCUCGGGAUUGCGUGGGCGUGUGGCAGCUGCCUCCUCAGGGAUGCGGUUGGCUUCUCCGUUCUUGAAGCGGCAUCCGGCAACAUCAGCGAAGUUGCUCUCAGCAUCGUCAACGUCACUCAGUGUGCAAACACUACGUGCCAAUAUGGACUUCAAAACGACAACGGGGCAGUAGGCGUCGCAUCUGCCUUCAAGCCACUAAUCCUGGCCGGGAUCUUCUCCGCAACCCUGUCAUCGGCGCUGGCAAGCAUCGUCAGUGCCCCUAAAGUCUUCCAGGCGCUGGGCAAAGAUGGUUUGUUUCCAUUCAUUGGUUAUUUUGCCAAAGGUUUCGGCAAAUCUGGAGAACCAAAGCGAGGCUACUUCUUGACCUUUGGUAUAUGUGUAGCAAUGACAUGCGUCGGCGCCCUGGACAUCAUUGCUCCUAUUAUUUCCAACUUCUUCCUCAUGGCGUAUGCGCUCAUCAACUUCUCCUGUUUCGAUGCCUCGUUCGCCAACUCCCCUGGGUUCCGGCCCGCCUACAAGCUGUACAACAAGUGGGUCAGCCUCCUGGGAGCCCUGCUCUGUCUGGCAGUCAUGUUCCUCAUCAACUGGUGGGCAGCCCUCGUUACAUUCGUCGUCAUCACGGCGCUGUACCUGUUUCUCAAGCACAGAAAACCAGAUGUAAACUGGGGUUCUUCCACCCAGGCGCAUGCGUACAAGGACGCAUUACAAGGCACACUUAAACUAGCUGAUACGGAUGAACAUGUUAAAAACUUUCGCCCUCAGAUACUGGUUCUCAGUGGUUAUCCCAGGAACAGGCCAGCCCUGGUCGACUUCGUGUCCACCCUCACACAGAAACAGUCCCUCCUCGUCUGUGCGCACGUGCUGCUGGGUGAUUUAUCUGAUCACGUGACCCACAUACGAUCAACGGCAGCUUACAAGUGGUUCAACAACAGAAACCUCCGGGCUUUCUACACAAACAUCGCCGCCCCCAAUCUGAGGAUCGGCAUCCAGGCUAUAUUACAGACAUCGGGCGUGGGCAAGUUGCGACCUAACACCCUCAUCAUCGGGUACAAGGGGGACUGGCAGGUGGACGACCCCAGGGUGGUCUUCAACUACUUCUGUGUUCUACACGACGCGUGUGACCUGCGUUACGGUGUGGGGAUCCUGCGGUCUGUGGAAGGGUUUGACAUCCACAAAGUUCCCGACGAACUUCUCUCUGCCACGGACGAAGAUAUCAGCGAAUGGAUGAACCCUGACCUCUCUGAUGACGAAAUCCAUAUAGAUAAAUCUGAUGAUGAGGAAAGCGAUCAUGAUGAGAAACACACACCUAGGUCCAACGUCACACCAGUACCAUCCGUUGUCGUUGACGGAGUUAACGGUAUGCCGCUGGAAAAACUCACACAGAAAUUAGACGGAGAAAUAAACAAAGCAUUCACAUACGGGGAGGACGAGUCCAUUUCCGAUGGAAGGAUAGAUCAGAGCGCCUACGACCGGAAACGUGCCCAGCUCAUCAAGGGGAUAUCUGUCGACGACGAGCGCCUUGGGAACAGAUUCCGCCGACGCCAGGUCGGGACUAUUGACGUCUGGUGGCUCUUUGAUGACGGAGGCCUCACCCUGCUCCUGCCUCAGAUCCUGUCCACCCGGAAACAGUGGCGGGGGUGCAAACUCCGGGUGUUCUGUGCAGGAACCAAGCGAGACAACAUGGACGAAGACCAGCGCAGGAUGGCGUCGCUGCUCAGUAAAUUCCGCAUCGACUAUACCCAGAUCACUGUGAUACCAGACUUAAAGAAGAAACCCAAGAGGGCGAGCUACAAGGAGUUCGAGUCCAUGAUCUACAGGUGGAGGCUGCGUCCGGGUGAAUCUCAGAUUGACCUACCCUGGAAAAUAACUGACUCGGAUCUCAGAGCACAGAAACAUAAGACCUACAUGAAACUCCGUCUCCGCGAGCUCUUGUUAGAAAACUCCACUGAUGCCUCUCUCAUAGUUAUGACCCUGCCCGUGCUGCGCAAGACGUCGUGCCCAGCAGGGCUGUACAUGGCGUGGCUGGAGAUCCUGACGAGCAACCUCCCUCCCACACUACUACUUCGCGGAAACCAGGAGAGCGUCCUCACCUAUUUCUCUUAGUGACUGCAGUCAACACAGAACAAGAUGUCCUCAACCAGUGAUUUGAGUUCGUUUAGAAAAAUCAUUCAAUGUUCACAUGUCCUUUUAUUGAGGAGAGAAAGCACCAUGCUGUAUUUGUUUUUGUGACUAUCAUUUGAACAAUAUGCACAGAGUUGUGUACCUUAGCAGUACCAGGAUCAUGAGCUCGAAUCCCAGAUUCGCCCUGAUUACGAUUCUUGGUUUCUUGUGGGUCAACAAAUUUCCCCCACAUUAGUGAGUAACUGAGUGGGUGUGUAGGUUUUACCCCGCUUUUAUUAAUAUUCCAGCAACAUCUCGACUUGAAAUGGUCAACUCCCAUGACACUGUUCAAAGCGGUGGUAACCCUAACUCAAUCACACUCAUUAUCAUAUAUGACUUGCUGGACAUGAAGGGGUAUAGAUCUCAGAUAUUCCAGUUCCUGGUCAUGUUUGUCCUCAUAACAAUGAGAACACAUUGAACGUGUUUGACAAGUUGCCAUGUCUCUUGACUAAAGUGUGUGUACAUAGUGUUUUGUAAAGGAUAUUUCGAUGGUCAUAUAAACGUUAGAAAUGGAA